AUGACUGUUCAGAUGUCGGUUAAUGAGGAGGAUGAAACUCACCGUGGCCCGACUACUGCCGCUGAGGCUCUGAAAGCGAUGGGUUGGCAGUACUGGGGGGAUAUAUGGCGAUCGAUUUACUAUUAUAUACCGAUGAAAGAAUGUGCGGAGGAGUUCCGCAUGCAGAGACGAGAUGAUCGCCAGUCCGCGUUGGGAGCUGUUGAGAGGAAGACGAUCACUCCGUGA